CACUGAUGACGCUGCGUUAAAACAUCUUCUUCCGCGCCGAACUGCGCGCCGGGGCGCCUUCUCCUCUCGGCCGAGAACUGCCCAGCAUGAUGAAAACGUUGCGCAAAAAGAGCCGCCUCCGGGCCUCCGCCUCCAUGGCCAUUCCUGAGUUCAUCGUGGGCGGCGAGUACGAACACGUGGACACGGAGCGUGACGGCCCGAUGAUCCCCAGAGCUGCCGUGGAUGUCCGGAAUCUGGCCUACCACUUGCCUGGGAAGGGGCAUGCACACUUCAAGUUUGUGGAAUCGGACUGGUUUCAACUGCUGGUGGGCCUUGUGAUUGUGUGGAACAUUGUGAUUGCCUGGCAGCAAUACCUUCAUGGGAGCAAUGACUUCCUGGAGAAGUGCCAGAUCAUAAUUCUGUGUAUUUACGUGCUCGAGAUCAUCCUCAGAAUUUGGCACUAUGGCCGACGCUUCUUUUGCACCGUGUGUGCAGAGGCUAUGUGGAACUGGGGGGACCUGCUCAUCAUCGGCUUGGGCGUGUUCGAUGAAGUCUUGAUGUCCUGGCAGAACAAGGAAGUGCCGGGCUUGCGCGUCUUGCGGGCGCUCAGACUCCUCCGCAUCCUGCGGACGGUCACCAAGGUGUCGACAGAAGCCUUCGCAUGGGUGGAGUCGGGCUGGUUUCAGGGACUUGGUGCGAUGAUCAUCGCGCUGAACGCCGUGGAGAUGGGCCUCGAAACGGAGAUCCAGAGCAGUGUGUGGUGGUGGCUGGAGCAGGGUUUCCUUCUCUUCUUCUCCGUCGAGCUUUGUGCCAAGAUGCGGUACGAUGGAUGGAUGAAGUUCUUUUACUCCGCAGGUAUGGAGGACAGCACCUUGCUUUGGAACUACCUCGAUACGAUCAUCGUUUUAGGUGGUAUCGCAGAUCAAUGGAUUCUGGCUUUGUUCGAGGUGGAGACCGGGAACGCGGGGCAUUUGCCGCACUUGCUCACGCUCUUGAGACUUCUGCGGCUCAUGCGCUUGCUGCGCUUGCUUCGCUUGGUGAAGGUGGUGCGACCGGUCUACCAACUGGCGCUGGGCAUCGUCAAGGCGUUGCAGUCGAUGUUUUGGGUCUUGGUGUUGACACUCCUGGCCCUUUAUGCCUGCGCGCUGGUGAUGACCAAUCUCAUAGGCAAUGCCAUGCUGAGAGGUGCUGAGGAUCUUGACCCCAAAGUCCGGGUACUCUUCAGUACAGUGCUCGACUCACUCUUCACGCUCUUCGGCUUGAUGAACAGUCAGUACUGGGAAGAAGUGGAUCCUCUCUUCAGAACCUUCCCCUUUCUGAAGCCGGUCUGGGUGCUCUUCACGGUCUUAUCCAGCUGGGCCCUUCUCAGCAUCAUGACCGGCGUCGUUAGCGACAAUAUGCUGGAGGUGCGACAACUCCAGGAGAGGAAAGAUGAGGAGAAAGCAGAACGCCUUCGCCUUAAGGUGACCCAGUCCCUGAGUGAAAUCUUCUUGGCAGCCAGCAAAGACGGCGUCAUGGAGAAGCAGGACUUUGAGGAAGUGAUGAGCUCACCAUACUUCCUGCGGAAGUUGCAGAGUGUGGCCAACAUGCCUGUGCAAGACAUGCUGCGGAUGUUCGACUGGCUUGAUGUCAACCAGCAGGGCAGCAUCAACCAGGAGGACUUCAUGGCUGGAUUUGAUUGGUUGAAUGAGGCUGUGACGGGGAAGAGCUUGUUGAAGCUGCAGACCUCCGCCAGGCACCGCUGUCGGAAGAUCGAAAGCCGAGCCUCUGCCCUACGCUCGGAGAUCAAUUCGGCCGAAGCCAUGUUGACCAGGCGCAGCCAGGACAUGGACCAAGUCCUGCAGGAGGUUCUGCAACGUAUCGAGGCUGAAACCGAGCAGCAGAGCCGGGCCCGCGAGCGGGUGCAGAUGCAACUCAUGGAGCUCCGAGUGCAGAUCGAGCACUAUCGUGCACAGGUGUCAGGCCUGAGUGCCGGAGGCACAGGCUCGAAGUUGGCCUUGGCGGACAGCAGGCGUGAAGACGCGAGGCCCAAAUCUCCACACAGGACUGGCCUCGUGUCGCAGAUCAAGAGUGCUGCCAGCAAGCUCUCGCUAGGCUGGCGCUCGGGCAGCUCCAGUGGGUGGCGCUCAAGCUCCUCAAGCCCCAGAAGUGCCAAGACGGAGUCUCGACGAAGAUGAGGGGCGCUCCACCGGGGACCUCUACGUGGCUAAUGAACCGGGCGACACGUCAAGGAUGGCCACACGGAAGUGACAAUCAGACGUCGGC